CAUGUGUUACAACUGUUAUUUCAAUGCACUCCUCAUUGAUCAUUUAGAUCCAUAGUUCCAGUUUUUGUAAUUGCAGUAAACAAUGGCUGAAGCUAUUGCUACUGAACUCGUCAAAGUCCUUUUCCAGAAGCUGUCUGAUGAAGCCUUCAAGCGAAUUGCUCGCGCUCAGGGAAUUCACAACGAGCUGAAGGAGUUGAAGAGCACACUGUCCAGGAUCCAAGAUCUGCUUAACGAUGCUUCCCAGAAGGAGGUGACUCAUAAAUCUGUCAAAUCAUGGCUGAAUGCUCUCCAACAUCUGGCUUACGAUAUCAAUGACGUACUCGACGAUUUGGCUACCGAAGACAUGCAUCGUGAGCCGACCCUGGAAUCAAGAGCAAUCAUCUGCAGCAAGGUAAGAAAGCUCAUCCCAUCAUGCUGCACAAAUUUCUCACUAACUCAUAGGCUGUCUCCCAAGUUAGAUAGUAUCAACAGAGACUUAGAAAAUCUAGAAAAACGAAAAACAGAUCUAGGUUUGCUUAAGAUAGAUGAGAAGCCAAGAAAUACUAGUAGAAGAAGCGAAACCUCUUUGCCAGAGCGCGAUGUUGUCGGAAGAGAAGUUGAGAAAGAGCAAUUGCUUAAAAAGUUGUUGGGGGAUGAUGAUGGGUCAUCUCAGGAUAACUUUAGCGUCUUACCUAUAGUUGGUAUGGGUGGGGUUGGAAAAACCACUCUCGCUAGACUUUUGUACAAUGAUACAAAGGUGCAGGAUCACUUUGAACCCAAGGCAUGGGUUUGUGUUUCAGAUGAUUUUGAUAUUUUUAAGAUAAGCAAUACCAUCUUUCAGUCUGUGACUACUACCAAAAACGAGAAAUUUGAAGAUUUAGAUAAGCUUCAAAUAGCUAUUGCAGAGCAAUUUAAGGGCAAACGAUUUCUACUAGUAGUUGAUGAUGUGUGGAGUGAAAACUAUGGGGAUUGGGAAAACCUAGUGCGCCCAUUUCUAUCAUGUGCUCCUGGAAGUAGGAUAAUCAUGACAACUCGUAAGGAGCAAUUGCUCAAACAAAUAGGUUUUCAUAAUGUAGACCGUCUCAAGAGUUUGUCGAGUGAAGAUGCAUUGCGUUUAUUUGCAGUACAUGCAUUGGGGGUAGAUAACUUCGACUCACACACGACACUUAAACCGCAAGGUGAAGGUAUUGUGAAAAAGUGUGGUUGUUUGCCUUUGGCUUUAAAGGCAAUUGGAAGGCUUUUAAGGACGAAAACAGAUAGAGAAGACUGGGAUGAGGUGUUGAAUAGCGAGAUAUGGGAUGUAGAAAUUGGUAAUGCCACUGAAAGUGGUAAAGAUGUGGAAAAUAGUGAUAAGAUUGUUCCGGCACUUAGGAUAAGCUACCAUGAACUUUCUGCAGAUUUGAAGCAGUUGUUUGCAUACUGUUCCUUGUUCCCCAAAGACUUUUUGUUUGACAAGGAGGAGUUGGUAUCGUUGUGGAUGGCAGAAGGGUUUUUGAACCCAUCCAAGUCACCAGAACGCUUGGGCCGUGAAUAUUUUGAAAUUUUAUUAUCAAGGUCAUUUUUCCAACAUGCACCGAAUGAUGAAUCAUUGUUUAUCAUGCAUGAUCUGAUGAAUGACUUGGCCACUUUUGUUGCCGGGGAAUUUUUUCUAAGGUUUGACAAUCAUAUGGAGACAAAUCCAGAAGCUUUGGUAAAGUAUCGCCAUAUGUCAUUUACUCGCGAGGAGUAUGUAGGUUACCAAAAGUUUGAGGCAUUCAAAGGAGCCAAAAGCUUGAGAACAUUUUUAGCAGUAUCUCCCGGUGUGGAUAAAGGUUGGGGCUAUUGUUACUUAUCUUCUAAGAUUUUGGAUGACUUACUUCCAGAGUUAACAUUGUUAAGGGUCCUUUCUUUGAGUCGUUUUCAGAUAAGUGAGGUACCGGAGUUCAUUGGUACUUUGAAACACUUGCGGUAUCUUAACUUAUCUCGAACAAAUAUAGAAGAGUUACCAGAGAAUGUUGGAAACCUUUAUAAUCUAUAGA